GGCCUGGCGGCUGGCCGGCUGGCUGGCGGUGCUCGAUUACUCCCCUUUUCGGGGGGGAAUUAAAGUAGAGGUUACACAGGCAUUUGCCGUGCAUAUGAGUGCCGAGAAUUUUGAUCUCGAUGUAAUAUUUUUGUACAGAAAAAUUAAGAAAUCAAAAGACACCAUUCGGUCCGUUGCUACGUUCAUAUUUCGUGAAAAUACGAAGUAGAUUUGGUGGGAAAUCCGAGAAAGUAAUUUCUACGUGCAUUCAGCGUUCGACAGGAUUUUUGAACAAUUUAACACCAGCCAACGUGUCCCAAAAGUUUGCAGGCGGAUAAUUUAGUUAUAGACAUGGCCGGGAAUUUUUGGCAGAGCUCGCAUCACCAACAGUGGUUACUGGAUAAACAGGAUCUGAUCAGGGAACGUCAGCAUGAUCUGUCAGUGCUUACGGAAGAGGAAUAUCAGAAAAUAUUUAUUUUCUUUUCUAGCAUGAUACAGAUGAUAGGUGAACAGUUAAAAUUGAGGCAGCAAGUGGUAGCUACUGCGACAGUGUAUUUUAAACGAUUUUAUGCUCGCAAUAGCUUAAAAUGCAUAGACCCUCUAUUAUUAGCUCCUACUACAGUAUUUCUGGCGUCGAAAGUAGAAGAGUUCGGAGUAAUCUCUAAUAGUAGACUGAUAUCGACAAUGGGAAAUGUAAUUAAGAACAAAUUUAGUUACGCGUAUUCGCAAGAAUUUCCAUAUCGCACAAAUCACAUCUUGGAGUGCGAAUUUUAUCUUUUGGAACAUUUGGACUGUUGUUUAAUAGUAUAUCAACCGUACCGUCCUUUGUUAACAUUAAUUCAGGAUAUAGGACCAGACGACCAGCUACUUAUGCUCGCGUGGCGUAUUAUUAAUGACAGUCUGAGAACGGACGUAUGUCUGUUAUAUCCACCUUAUCAAAUAGCUAUUGGCUGUCUGCAAAUAGCUUGUGUGAUACUGCAAAAAGAUCUCAAAUCGUGGUUCGCAGAACUGAACGCAGAUAUGGAAAAGAUACAAGAAAUAGCGCGGUAUAUAAUAAAUUUGUAUGAAUUGUGGAAGAAGUAUGACGAAAAGAACGAGAUGCCAGCAAUAUUAGCUAAAAUGCCAAAGCCAAAGGCAGCGCCGCAGCGUUGACAGCAAGCUCUCGACUCGCCGAACGUUUGGGACUCAUGCUAAUGCAGUGAAAUGCUUCAACUGAAAAAAAAUGUCCUUUUUUCCUCCCAAUCGCUAUCGGAGUUGACAACGAAUAUCAUUCUGCAUUUGUAUCUGCGUAAAAAAUUUUAAUCCAUACGUGAAGCUAUGUUUUAAAAUAUUUGCAAAUAAUAAAAUGCAGUAUUAUUUAACAUUUCUGUAUUCUGUUGCUCGAUAUAGUGUAUGAGCGGAAAUGGUACACUUAAAUGACUAUACAACUUGAUUUAAUGUUCAUCUAUCUGACUGAAUGAACUAUUAAUUUAUAUUUCCAUUUACAUGCCAUCUACAUGUUUCAUUAAUUGUAUACAAUAUUGUUGAUUUAAAUUAUAAAUAUGUUACUUGCACCACAAAAAAUAUUCGAAACAUUCUAAUUAAAUUUACUUCAAAAAUGUGGUGUUUAGAAGAUAUUGAGUUAAUGACUGUAUUCCGAUUGGAAAUUUAUUUAUUGUAUUAUGUAAAAAAUUUUAGUAUGAUAAAUCAAAUUGAAUGAAUUCUGAAAACAAUUCCUUCCUCAUUGUAUAAAUUUUAUAAUUGGAGUAGGAAUAAAACAGACAUUAAAAAUA